AUGAAGAAGUUCGACGCAGGAAGCAUCGACUACUUGUGCCAAGUGGAGGAGCUUGCGAAUUUUUUUCAAGUAGUCGAGGUCGACAGUAGUGCCGGCAAGACACUGGGUCGCGAGGUCGUCGCAAUUGCCAAUUACUUUACACAGCGCAAGAAAACGCGCACAUCCCCAAACUGCAAAAAGCAGGGGCAUUUGAAGAAAUCUGCCGCUCCAAGAGGAAGGAGAAGAAGAACAAAGACGAAAACGAAGAAGGGCUACUGCUGGCAGCGAACGAAAGCCGAGAAGAUGCGAGCACCGACUGAUUCCUUGACAGCGGCUCCAGCCGCCACAUCAUGA